AUGUUGAGAACAAAUAGCAUUGAAUUUUCCCACUUUUCUGCGGAGUUGCAGGCUAUUUACUCAGCCUUAAAGCAUAUAAAUCGGAAAGGUCAUCGUAGCUGCGUGAUUUACACUGACUCAGUUAGUGCACUCCAGGCUUUGCUCUCGUAUGAAUUUAGUUCUCACUCUCUAGUUAUUAAAAUUCAGAAACUAAUUUGUCAUCUCAUUACAAGAAAUUUAUUUGUGAAGUUCUGUUGGGUCCCAGGCCACGUGGGUAUAAGAGGUAAUGAAGAAGCUGAUACAGCUGCUAAGUCAGCAAGCCCUCCACAGCAUACAAUGCGUAUUGAAGGAGGUGAUUUGAAGCUAGUUGUUAAAAAACGACUAGCCGAGAGAUGGCAAAUCAUGUGGAAUGCACAAAUCCACAAUAAACUUUACGAGAUCAAACCUUUGGUAGAAAAUUGGACACAUAAUAGGCAAUAUGAUAGGAGAUCUGAGGUUAUCCUUACUCGUCUGAGAAUUGGACACACUCGACUGACUCAUCAAUACCUUUUGAAGGGAGAUGACGAACCAGUAUGUCAGCACUGCAACUGUGCUGUAAGUGUUAAACACAUAUUUUGCAACUGUGUUGCUUCUGAUCAGAGUCGUAGACAGCAUUUCGGAAAUGCAAGCCUUAGAGACAUUUUGGGCCAGAGGCCAAAUCUGGAUAAUAUACUGGACUUUCUAAAAGUCAUUAAUAUGUAUAGGGAAAUCUGAUGAAUUAAUUAUUGUACAGUUUUAUUUACGUUGAGUUGCAUAUAUAAAUUAUUGUAUAUAUAUUUUGUUGUUGUUUGUUUAUUUAUUUUUGUUGUCGCUUAUUU